ACUCGUUCUAUUUUUGUAACCACUCACUCUCUGGUUCCAUCUCUUCGUUGUGUUGCUGUUCUUCGUUGCCGCCUCGUUCAUGGCUUCCAAGCUCUCAUUCACUUUCAAAAGCGACCUUCACUUUCCCAGAGAAAAAUUCUCAAAACCCCCUCUAACAAUCCCUAUUUUUCCUCAUCUAACACUCAAUUCAUGUUCUGGGUUUCAUUUAUCUAAGACCAUUUCGAGCUCUAGAGCCUUAUCAUCAUCAUCAUCAUCAGUGUGUGCUGCUGUGAAAGAGCAAUUGAUACAAUCCCCAAAUUUAGAAUCGACCCAGGACUCUGAAACUGUCCCUCCUUCUUCUUCCAAGUUCGUCCUUGUCGUUGGCGGCUCUGGUGGCGUAGGACAGUUAGUUGUAGCAUCAUUGCUCAACCGAAAUAUCAAGUCACGGCUAUUACUACGAGAUCCUGAGAAAGCAGCUACCCUUUUUGGUAACCAAGAUGAGGAAAAAUUAGAGGUACGGAAAGGCGACACUCGAAACGCUGAGGAUCUAGAUCCAUCAAUAUUUGAGGGUGUCACACAUGUUAUUUGCUGCACGGGAACGACGGCCUUUCCAUCAAGGCGAUGGGAUGGAGAUAAUACACCAGAAAGAGUAGAUUGGGAAGGUGUGAGAAAUCUUGUAUCUGCUCUGCCUCCAUCCUUGAAAAGAAUUGUUCUUGUUUCAUCAGUUGGAGUAACAAAGUUCAAUGAACUACCUUGGAGCAUCAUGAACCUUUUUGGCGUUCUCAAGUAUAAGAAGAUGGGGGAGGACUUUGUUCGCAAUGCUGGUCUUCCAUAUACUAUAAUCAGGUCUGAGACACCUAAUUGCUAUCUUUUAUUCAAUAUUAAAACUGUCCAAGCAUGGUUCGCCGGAGGCCCCAGUAGCAGCAACGAUCUGCAGAAAUCGUCGUCGUCUUUGCUCGCCGAUUGGAACGCUUACGCAGCCGCCAAAGAGUCCGAAGACGCAGAUUCCAGCUUAGGCUUCGAUCUCGUGGCCGCCGUAGUCUUGCAUCCUCCUCUUCUUCUCCCCCGCCUCAAUCUUCGGAUUUUCCAUUCUUCGGUGUGUCCUACAAGUCUGUCAUCGGCUUUUAAGCUUCUUGCAGAAUCAUACCCAUUCCAAUCUAGUCGGAAGCUUUUGACCGUUUAUGACUACGAGAGUGAAGCGGUUGAAGCCAUGACUAUUGUUGCAGAGAAGAGAGGAGCUCGAGUCAGAGUUACAGGAACUAGUUACUCUUAUCAAUGGAUGAGCAUGGCACAGGAAAAUGGGUGGCAUGUCUUGCUCGAUGCUUGUGCUUUGGGACCAAAAGACAUGAAUAGCUUUGGCCUCUCUCUUAUACGCCCCGAUUUUCUUCAUCUUUUGCGGUUGCUUGCAGGAGAUAAACUUGUUGGUGAGGCUAGCAGGCUUGUAGUUGCUGAAGCUUGCAUACAGGCAUUGGACAUAGAACUUACCAAAGGUGAAAUUUACGAAAUCAACUCAGUCCAGGGUGAAGGACCGGGAAGUGAUCCACAAAAAUGGGAGGACUUAUUUAAAACUGCUCAAGUUAAAUAAGUUGACAAUCCAAUGUUGAUAUUGUAAAACAUACAAAUCCUUGGGAUUCAAAUGUAUAGAUUCCAUAUAUAGAUGAUUUUUAUGUACUGGCAUUAUGGCAUAUCCCUCUAAUAAUGUAACUACUAUUCUUGUAUAAUUUCUCUUGUAAUUUUUAUAAUAGCUCAUAUGUACAGUGUUAGAGAACUAUAUAGAUAUUGUUAGACUCAUUUCAUAAUAGCUUAAUAUGAUAUCAAAGUGUUGGGAUAA